AGAACGGCACUGAAGAACAACAUGACCAUUUCCACUGUUGUGAUUAGUCACAAGGUUUUUGGUGUGUUCGAACUGCAGGGAUAACGGUUACUGGUUGGUUUCGUUAAUAGUAUAGUUAGGUAAAGCGUCAAAUCUACUAUUCCAACUGAUGUUUAUUAUGAGAAUUCGCUUGUUCAACUGAUGCAUCGAAUUUCCUUUUGUCAGGGAAAGCUUCGCCAGCGAAUAGGACAUUAAAUCUUGCAUGUGAUUUUGGUGAAUGCUAUUCGUUAGCUUGCUAACUAAGCGCUAGUUUAUGUUAGACGUAAGAUGGCGACAGAUCUAAAAACGAUGUUUAUAAGGUGUUGUAAGUAUUUGCAAGACCCGCAUCAUGUAGCAUCGUUUCAAAGGCUAUGUGGUGUUAAAGGCACAUUUGCAGUUAAAGUAAGCAAGCCAGAAAAGGGAAACGGUUCCUGCUUGAAUUGCCACCCGGACGAAAUCGAAAACCUCGAUGGACAUGGUGGCGUACAGGAACUCCAAGGUGCUCGGCCAAGAAAACAUGUAACUGCAGAACUACAGCAUGAUGACCGUUCAAACGGUAUGAUAAGUGCAACAGCUCUGGAGUCAAGGAUGGGGCAGACAACUGAACAAGAGGUCCUUUCCCGUGAGAGAAGCAGCCAGUGUAGCUGCUGUAGUUUGACUGUGGGCCCGGCCGCUGCGGUGGAGAGUGACGGCGAGAAUGGGGACUCUAGGGAAAGGGUCAAACCUCUUCGAAGGAACUCACUGACGGGCGAUGUAGGCCAGGAGUUUAUUAUUCAGAAUAAGUUCCUUUUUUACCUUUUCACAUGCGGAACUGAGCUUGGCAAUGAAAUGUUCUUCAUUGUUUUCUUCCCAUUCUUACUUUGGAACAUAGAUGCCUUUGUCAGCCGGCGAAUGAUUGUGGUCUGGGUUUGGAAUCUUUUUUUCGGCCAAUCUACCAAAGACAUUGUCCGCUGGACGCGACCAGCAUCGCCGCCUGUAGUGAAAGUAGAAGUGUUUUACAACUCCGAGUACAGCAUGCCAUCAACGCAUGCCAUGACCGGGACAGCCAUCCCCUUUUCGCUCUUCCUACUUACAUACGGACGCUGGCAGUACCCUUUCCUGUUUGGCUUGAGUAUUGCCAUCUGCUGGAGUGUUUUGGUCUGUGUAAGCAGAGUCUACAUGGGCAUGCACUCUGUUCUGGAGGUCAUCACUGGCUUUCUAUACAGCAUGCUGAUCUUGGCCUUCUUCCACUCAACGUUGGACCAAAUUGACAGUUUCUACCUGACAAGCCACCAUGCGCCACUGGUCAUUGUUACGUUGCACGUAGGCUUAGGCUUCCUGGCCUUCUCCUUGGACUCAUGGAGCACUUCACGGGGUGACACAGCACAGGCUUUGGGCACUGGAGCUGGUGCUGCCCUGGCCUCCCAUCUCAACCACCAACUGGGCCUGCUGGCCGACCCGCCGCUUUCCUCCCUGCCCCUGGCACUGCCGCCCCUGAGUGCCACGCUACUGUCUCGCACGCUGCUGCGCCUGCUGAUUGGGGUGGUCGUCCUGCUUGCCACCCGGGCUGUAAUGAAAGCGUCCACUAUUCCGCUUGCCUGUCGUGUGUUCGGUCUGCCCCUGGGCGACGUACGGCAGGCUCGGCAGCACAUGGAAGUGGAGCUAUCUUACCGUUAUAUUGUUUAUGGCACUGUGGGCUUCAGCUGUGUCUGUCUGGUUCCCUUCCUCUUCAGCUAUCUAAACCUCUCCUGAGCACAGUCUGUAUUACUCACAUUUAACCUCUUCACUCUGUACUUAUACAGUAAAAGAGUAGUUGACAUUACACCCUUUUUGUGUUCAUAAUGGUAAGCACAUUACCUUCCUGUAAAAAAUUCUCAUUCAAAGGUUUAUAUUCUGGUGUCAUACUUAAAUAAUGUUCCUAUUCUUGUCUUUGUGCUCAAAGUUAAUUUGGAGAAAAAAAAUUUAAAUUGAAGGGAAAAAAACACAACACCUCAAUUUUAUGGUAAACAGACUAUUAAUAAUGCUUGGUAUUUCUGCAGAGGAUGUCAGCAGCAUGUCUACUUGCAUUUAGAUUUUUUGUUACUUGUAAAAGGCACCUCCAUAGAGUUUGAUUAUUUUAUUGGGAGAAAACGCCUAGCAAGGACAUUGCCAUUGACAGCAUACACAAUUUUAUCUGGUUGGGACUUCCAACAUCAUAACUUAUCCCACCUGAUGACCCAGUUAGUUAUGUGAUGAUGAACUCCAACCAGGUCAUUCAACACUACUGUUGUUUGCUCCUUGGGGUUUAAGGCUGGGUGUCUCUGUAAAGCACUUUGUAACAACUGCUGUUGUAAAAAGGGCUUUAUAAAUAAAUUUGAUUGAUGGUCAUCAGAAUGGAUCGGCCAAUGACUUAUACUGCAGUUGAGAACCAUUUAAAGAUGUAUUCUGGGACUUUUGUAAAUAAAUGUUAUAAACCUAUUUAGAGCUAGAUGUGUAAUUCGUCAAUGGUUUUGAAUACAUGGGGCACAUAACAUGGCUAUACAAUUUUCAGGGACCCACGUUGGCUCAACAGCUCCACUUUUACAACCAGUGGUGAAAAAUCCCAGUAUGCAUCUUUAAUUUGCACAUGCAUACAAAUACGUUGCUCUGUGACCUGGAAUGUUUAUUUAGGUGCACUUAAAAUUUUAAAUUCUAACUUUGCUGAAAGUUACAUCCUUUGUGUGAACAAAAAUAAACCACAACACGCAAUCAUGUUGUAAAGAAACAGUCGGCAUGCCAUAAUGGAAUGAAUUAACAAGUGAUUUCCCUCCCCGUUUUGUUGCUUGGUACCCCCAUACCGGUUCGACAAAACAUACAACAUGUACUUUUUAAUAUACUUAAUGUCAUUUUGUUUUGGAAAGGUAAAUUCUAUUUCACUCAUUGAAAAUGAUUAGAAAUCAUGUUUCAUAGAACAAUCUGUAAACCAUGUAAUUUAGCUUUAACUUGGGCAAAAAUUAUAUUACCAGGCACAACACGUGGUAAUAUAAUAUAAACAUUGUCUUUAUUUUACACUUCUCCUUGGUACCUUUAUGAAGGGUGUUUAUAAACAUCUGUCUGGCAGUUCAUUUCCGGCAAUAUUGCCCUCGUCUGUGUGUGUGGUGCCAGGUUUGUCACUCUCCAUGUGUAGCCAGUUUUAUAAAAAAAAAAAAACAUUAGUGGAUUGAUGGAACAUUUUGGAGCUUUGGCAAAACCUUAAAAUGACAAAGUAGGCUUAUAGAAUGUGUAUUAUGAGAUAGUAUAUGUCACGUGUUUAUUAUUGCAAACUUUACCAUGAAAUGAGCAGCAGCUGUACAUAACCAUCGCUCUACCUGCACAUUCCUCUCUAUACUCAUUGGCUGUUAGUCCACACUUCAUUGACUUGAAUGGGGACAUGUCCAUUUUGUUUUCUAUUUCUAUAGGAGUACAGAACAUUUUUCUUCCUAUGAGCAUCACAGUCCUAAGGUGAUGGUUCUCAAAGCUCUUCUGGGGACCCCUGUUGCCCUGUUAGAUGUAUUUUAAAGCUGGCACACCAGAAUCAACUAAUCAAUUCAUUACCAAGCCCUUGACUACUGGAUUCAAGUGACCUAGUUUCAGGCUACAACAAAAUUGGGAGAUGUCUCUGGGGUCCUCAGGAGAGGUUUAAGAAGUUCUUCCCAAGGAUAUAAUUUGUUUUCUUUAAUCUCAUCUUCAUCCGCUUAUCCGGUAUCGGGUCGCGGGGACAGCAGCUCCAGCAGGGGAGCUUUCUUAAUGUUUAAACUAAACAUGACAAUUGUCCAAUGGUGUGACCGUUCUGUGUAAGGUUGUGUAACUUCAGUAUAUAAAGGAAAAAGUAUAUAAAGAACCCCUUUCACCUACUCUAGUCGCUGUGUUUACUUAUAAUAUUUCCCAAUACUUUUGAUUAUUGACAUUUUCUCAACAAAACUAAUUUGCACUCGGUCUGACUAACACAGUUCUGUGAUUAAGCAACGUGCAUGCACUUCGCCACCAUUGCACAGUGGAAGGUUUAUCUUACAAUGAGGAUAUAUUGCAAGACAAACCUAAUAUAUUUCUAUAAAGUACCACUUUUCUGCUGUUGCCAUACAUUGAGUUUGUUUCUUUGUCAUUUGAUGGGAUGCCUUUUGAAUGUAAAUGUGAAAUUAUAUAAUGUUUGACAAUUAAAAGCCAUAAAAAUGUUAAAAGUAAGUACCAUGAAGGCCUAUACAGCCUGAGGCUGCUUGUACCGGUAUUCCAUGUUGUGACUUGAUGGUGUCAUGCCAGAGAAAAUAGUCAUCACUCUGGAGAAGGGAAUCAAUUUAAUAAACUAUAUUCAGAUUUCAUCAAAUUA